CGGAGCCCCUAAAGGGACAUGGGUGAAAAAAAAUAAAAGUAAAGGGACAUGGGUGAAAAAAAAAUAUAAGUCAAAUAUAAGUCAUGCGCACGAGAAACUUACGCGUGCGCACGAGAAACAAAACUUGUACGCACGAGAAACUUUCGCGUGCGCACGAGAAACCACACAGGAGACCUGGAUGUGCAUAUCGGCGGUACUAUUACCUGCGUAAAGAUGGCGAACUUAAUUGGGCUGUAUUUCGAUCUAGGGCUAACUUAUAAGGACAUUCAAAGACUGCUUGCGAGUCGCCACCGUUAUAUAAUCUCAGAGAGACAUUUAAAAAGAAUUUUGAAGUCUUCUCAUCUGUCUCAGCGCCAGGAGUACACCAGUUUGGACCAGGUGAUUACUUUUAUUCAUGAACAGUUGCAAAUAUCUGGCCAACUCCAUGGGUACAGGUGGAUGUACACAAAAUGCAAAGAGAAUGGAUUACAUGUCAGAAAAGAAGAUAUCCGUUUGAUUCUAAAAGAAUUAGAUCCUAGGGGUGUGGAGCUCAGACGAAGCAGGCGGCUUUAUUGUCAGAGCUAUUUUGCAACAGGCCCUAAUUAUAUUUGGCACUUGGAUUCUUAUGAUAAACUGAAGCCUUUCGGAAUAUGUAUCAACGGAUGUAUUGACGGAUUUUCACGGAAAAUCAUCUGGAUGAACGCAUUUACUACAAGCAGUGACCCAAAAGUCAUUGGAGGCUACUAUGUGGAGGCAGGGGAGAGAUCGGGUGGGUGCCCAAGGAUUGUCAGAGGGGACAGGGGCACAGAGAAUGCCAAAGUCAGAGACUUUCAGCGUUUUCUCCGUCGCAACUUACGCGACGGUUCUGCCAUUGACAGCUGCAUUGAAGGGGCGAGUAUGACUAAUCAGCGGAUAGAGAGCUGGUGGGGCUUUCUCAGGAAGGAGUCCAUGGAGUUCUACAUCUCUCUGUUUGUUGAUCUGAAGGACCGUGGUUUGUUCGACGGUGGAUAUUUGGACAAAAGUCUAAUUCAGUACUGCUUCAUGGGAAUCAUCCAGGACGAGUUGGAUGACAUCAUCUGUGUGUGGGAUUCGCAUGUCAUCAGACCAUCAAAAAAUGACAGAGUACCUAGUGGUCGCCCCAGAAUCAUGUACAUGUUCCCAGAGCUCUACACAACUCAUGACUGUAUUUCCCCAGUGGAAAGCGCUGAGGUACAGCUGUGUCGGAAUGACUGCACAUUUCGACCGGCAGUGCCAUGUGACACAGACAUCUACAAUCUCUGGAGUCACACAUGGUUCUCCCAGGUGAUGCUUAUCAGGCUUUGGAUUUGUACCUGCAUUUAA